AUGUCCGGGAUUCACAGCAAAAGCGUUAUGCUCACUCAAAAUCAGUCAAUAAAUACAUCAAAGCUUUCUUCUCAGCACCGCGAUCUUUCUCAGCCCCGCGCCUACCGAUGCGAUCACAAUAUUCUUGAGAAUUCCAUUCAAAGUGUAAAAUCAUUCGAUUCCAAGCAGCCAGUUUCUACUAGCAGGCGAUCAUGCACACCUAAUUUUGGUAUCGAACAAAGUGAAAGAUAUACCUCAAGACAAGCAUUGAACCAUCAGUUUGAGCCUCUCUCGUCUUCUCGACAAGCGACUCGAAAUAUGUCCGGGCUUCUUGGCUACCCAGAAAGCAACGAAGAACUUCAAACUUUUGGGAACUCGAAAAAGCCCAGAAUCCCUAAGCUUCCACUUGACUCACUUCUUGAAGAAGAUUCAGAACAGGCAAGUCUCAAUCUUUCAGCUAUUGGCUGUGAAAUUUCUUCAAAAAAUCAGCAGCCUGUAACAAUUGCGGGAGAAGACGAAAGUUUUCAGCUAAUUAAAAUGCUAGAACAGGAAGCAGAAAAAGAGUGGGAAAAUAAUACAUUGCAGCUUUCCCCAGUUGCAAACCAAAAAACAUAUUCAAGACUUGAUGAAAGCUCUAUAAUUGGCCCCCAAUGCAAAGUAUUAAUUGAUAAACCUUUGCAAUGCUCGACAGAAAACAAAGAAAAUAAUAUACCAAGAAAUAUAAAUUCUGAAGUAAAAGCAUUAUUAAGAAAACAAGCCCAGAAAUAUGAUAAAGCUUUAAUCAUACUGCAAACACAGUUUAUAUCGUAUAAAGAAAAUGCGGAAAAACAAAUUUUUAUGCUGCAGCAAGAAAUGGCUUCAUUGAAGACCCAGGUAAACCCAAUGGAAAACUUCAAAGAAAAAUUAAUUGACGUGUUUAAAACACAAUUAAAUACUGUGAAAAAUGCAUAUGCAGAAAAAUUCGAAAAUUGCAUGAAAGAUGUGGAAGCAAAAUUAGUUGAAGGCGAGCAGCAUAAGAAGUAUUCUCAAAAAAAAAGAUGGGGAUUGUGCAUAUUUUUGCUUAAAAAAUGAUUUUAAUGAUAAAUUAAAUAUGGGUUAAUUUCGUAAUAAAUUUUACCAAAAAAGAUGGAAGAAUUAAGAAAAGAAUAUGACUUAAAAUUGCAAAUAAACGAACAGUCAAUUUUCACGCUUAAGAAACAAAAUGAGGAUUUAAAAGACCAAUUAGGGAAAAUCGGAGGUGGGGAAAAGGAUUAUGAAGAACUUUUAAAUGAAAAUAAAAAGCUUACUCCCCCCCCCCCUCCGUGAGCGAACAAAAAAAUUUUGUUCACUCACGGAGGGGGGUUAAUUUUUUUUUUUUAAAAAAAUUUUAUAUAUAAAUUUUAUAAAAAAUAUUUUUUUCGAAAUUUAAAAAAAAAUCCUAAUUUGCAAAAAUUGGGAAGCAAAUACUAAUUUAAUUUGCAAAAUUUAUGUUUUAAAACGCAAUUUGUUUAAAAUUAAACAGAAUUAGCUCUAGAUUUCAUUAUACUAAUUAUCACUUAUAUAGCAAAAUUUUUUUCUAUUAAAAUUUUUUCUAUUAAAAAUAUUUUUGUUCACUCACGGAGGGUGGGUUUUUUUGGUCAAAAAAUGGCGAUUUUUUCUAAUGGUUUUGUUCGCUCACGGAGGGGGGGGGGGGAGUUAGAGAAGAACUUACAGGGCUAUGGAAAGACUAUGGUAGAAGAAGAUUGAAAUAUCAAGUAUAA